AUGCCAGCCACAUCGCUCACCAUAAUCUUUUCACCUUACCACGUCGGCAUCCGCGACCACCGCGUCGGCGAUGGCCCAAACCGCAUCCGCGCACUCGGUCUGGUCUCUUCGCUCGAGAACCUAGGCAUCAAAGUCGACAUCGACGAGAUACCCCCUGUCGACGACUUCGAAGGCGAGAUAGGCCGUUCAUUCGAAAUUCUCCGCCGGACCUCCCUGGCAGUCAGCAAAGCGCGAUCUAACAACUCGUUCCCUUUUAUUCUCUCUGGCAACUGCAUGGCUAGCGUGGGAGCGGCAUGUGGAUUAGGCAUCAAGGAUCUCAACUUCAUCUACUUCGACGCCCACGACGACAUGGACACGCCUUCUACGAACCAGAAUGGUUAUUUCGAUGCCAUGGGCCUGAGUAUGUUGGCGGGGAAGAGCUGGCAUUGGCAUACGGAGCAGAUACCGGGAUAUGCACCGAUGAAGUACGAUAAGAGGUUCUUGUAUGUUGGGCUGAGAGAUGUGAACGAGGUGCAGCGGAAGACGGUGCAAGAAGCUGGAGCAGAUGUGAUAUGGGGUGAUGCUGAGAAGGCUGCGGAUUUUCCUGGCAAGUUGCAGAAGCGGCUUGAGAAGAGAGACAUGUCGCCUUCGCUCGUGCAUCUUGAUUUAGAUGUUCUAGAUAAAAGUGUAGGCGUGAUCAAUGGGUUUGAGAGCGAGGGCGGGUUGCAGGAAGAGGAUGUAGUGAGGUGCAUGAGUCUGUUGCCGAAGAAAGCCACUCCGGUGUCUUUUACUAUGUGUUCUUUCAACCCGAAUCUGGGAGAUGGGGAUAAAAUUGCUGGCAUAGGUAUUCGUGCUGCUGUGGCAUUUGUUGAGUCAUUGAUUGUGGAGAAAGUGCUGUCAGCGCAAAGCUAG